AUGAUAUUCUCCACGCUCCUCUCCCUUACCCCACUCCUGGGCGCUGUCUCCGCGCAAUCGCAGUCUCAGGCUGCUGAUGCCUUUACCCUCAAUCUUCGCUGGUCCAACAGCCCUCUUAACGGGCCUCUCAACGCCAACCGUGGCGGGUUCUGGAUCGGAAAGCCAACCGCCGCAUACUACCCGGAUAAUAUCCCGCACUGCCCGACGGCGAAUACCACUUCUUUCGUCGCGCAGGAUGGGAAAUUGUUCCUGAAUACCGCCGUGCCUGGUGGUCAGCAAGUUUAUGUCUCGCCCACUGGUGAAUUGACAUAUACCGUUCCGCAUAGCGCGUAUAUCCCCGAGGGAUCCCUGACAGAUCUGGAGAUCUUCUCAACAACUUCGUUCCUGAACCCGUUCUUGACGCUUUGGCUCUGUGAUGCGGAUGAGAGCGCGGUGGUCUGGAGAGUUUGGUUUGAGUACACGAAUGCGACCACAGGAGCGAUCACGAAUAACGGGCUGACUGGGAAGAAUGCGUGCACACGAAUUGCGUUGGAGGCGAAGGCGUAUGCUGGGCCCAAGGCGUGGUCGUUUGCGUAA